GUGCAAUGGACGCUUGUCGCUGGGGCUGCUAGUUUUCGACGAUCUAGUUCUCCCGCGGGGUUGGGGGAGGUGUUUACCGACGCAUCCACCCACGCGCGUGCCUGGCUCGAAUUUCCCCUCGCUGGAAUGUCCUGGCGACUCUCGCAAUCGCAAAACCCCUGCGGCUGAGCGAUCUCGCUUGCACCUGAACUGUCUCGCUCUUCCCGACAUGCCACAUCUCGGCUCGAGAUCCUGAAUCUUGGGAUCGUGCGCGUGGAGCAAGUGCUGAUGCUGGCGGGUUAUUCACGUCGUCCUGCGUGCGGUCUGCUGCUGCUGGGCCCGUUAGAAUACAUGAGCAUGCGCGUCGCCCAGUCAUAAUCCUCUCUGCAGAAAGAGUGGCUCCACUAUGGACGUUCUUCUUAGGCACCUGGUUUAUUCUGGUCAAGUACCUCCUCGGCAAGAUCUAGAUGAUCCUCUCAAGUAGCUGCACACAAACUCUGGUGUCAGCGACGUGACUAGUUCCAUCCCUCGAUGAGCUGGAACUGCUCCAACCCUCUUCCAUCAUUCCCGUCAAGUUAUUCGUCAGCCAUCCGGAAUGCCGCGCAGAACUCUCACUCCUGUGCGCAGAUUCUUCGGCCACCUGUUGAUGCUUCUGCAACGUCCUCGGGCAUCCAGUGGUUUUCUUGACCGUCCGCAUGGCAUCGCCGACGAGGGAACGGUGCGCGAUCAGUAAUGGGAAGGAGAUUGCUAAGCUCGUACAUACGUCUCGGUCUGAUCUCCGGGCGACUUGACUGGACUUGACUCCACAAUGGUCAACCUGGAAUCCGACAGGACACGUUGACACGGCUCUUGAGAGGGGUCAAGUGGGUCCAGGACGAUCAGAUUCUCCUCUCUUCACUGGUCCGAGAACCCUCCCGCCGGAAAAUAAUCGCCGAAUGUCACCCAUUAUCAUGGAGGCCGUUGGACUUUGUGCCCAUUACUCCGCCCGACGGGUCUCAUCUCGUCAUCAGUAUCGCAGACAAGGAUCCCGAGCGCAGGCGGUGCACAGAAUAAUCCAAGGCAGUGGGUGCUUCGCAGAGCGGAGGACGAGCAUAUAUGAGUUACGAGCACGGGCUAUUAGGACCUCAGUCUGUCCAGUCCACUUCGACAUCCAUCCCAUCUCCAACCCGUCAUGUCCACCACCAUCCGUGCUGUAUUCAUCACCGGUGCCAACCAAGGUCUGGGCUAUCA